AUGGGUCCUCCGACUUUUACUGGAGUAAAGAUGGAGGAAGACCCACAGGGCUUUCUUGAUGAGAUCGGGAAGAUAUUUUGGGUAAUGAGGGCUACUAAUAUGGAAGGAGUAAACUUUCCAGCUUAUCAGCUUAAAGAGGUUUCUUACCAAUGGUGUGAGGAAUGGGACAGAGAUAAGGGUGAUAUAGAAGAGGAUGGUUUGUGGGAGGCCUUGUUUGAUUCCUUCAUGAAUCGGUUCUUUCCUAAAGUGUUGAGGGAAUCUAAGAUGGAAGAGUUUAUAAACCUCAGCCAAGGGAUAAUGUUUGUAAAGGAGUAUGUUUGGAAGUUCCAUCAGUUUUUAAGGUAUGCUUCUGGUUUGUUUUACGGUCAUCCUCAUUGGGGAUUCUAUAAGGAAGGUAAGGAUAAUUGCUUUAAGUGUGGCCAAGUAGGUCAUUGGGUCAGGGAUUAUCCAUCUAACAAGGUUGCUACGGGGGCGAAUAAGAUUCUGGUGGCUUCAUCUUCUGUUCCUACACCCAGUGGUGUGGCAUCUACUUUUGUUACUUCUUCUAGUUACAAUGCUAGUCGGAAUAGGUUGUAUUCUUUGGAAUUCCAUUAG